AUGGGUACAGGGGCUCCUGCUUCUGAUGUCUUCCCCCUCCCCAAAGCCAACAAUUUGAUCUCAUCGUUUAUCGCCAUCGGCCCCAAAAAGAAGAACGAGGGAGAGGCCUGGCUGAGUUGCAGGAGCCCAGGAAAAUCUACUCUGUACGGCACCCUGACCUGUCAGGGGGUGGGCGCGGAUGGAAUUCCCGAAAUCACAGCCUCCGAAGGAUUUGUUGUAAAAGAAGUAACAAAGAAAAGCCUGCUCGUUUCUUGCCCCCGUGAAAACGCUUCCACUCGGUUCCGGGCGCCCUAUACGGCCUUUUGUAGAAUCCAUCAAAAAAGCAUCACCUGUCUUGACCUUUCCAGCGGGGGCGGGCUGGGCGUGUCAACCAGUGCCGAUGGGACGAUGAAGAUCUGGCAGGCGGCGAACGGAGAGAUCCGAAGACGCUUGGAAGGCCACAUUUACGACGUGAACUGCUGCAGGUUUUUCCCAUCCGGCCUGGUGGUCCUGAGCGGGGGAAUGGACGCCCAGCUGAAGAUCUGGUCGGCAGAAGAGGGCCGCUGCGUCGCGACUUUCCAAGGGCACAAAGCAGGAAUCCUGGACACGGCCAUCGUGGACCGAGGAAGGAACGUGGUGUCCAGCAGCCGGGACGGCACAGCCCGCCUGUGGGAUUGUGGGAGAUCGGCUUGCCUGGGGACAGUGGCGGACUGCGGCUCCCCCGUCAACGGAAUCGCCCUGGGGGGUGCAGACAACACCUUGAAUCUGGGAUCUCCCGAAACAGCACCUAGCGAGCGCGAAAUCGGAACAGAGGGGAAACUCCUGCUGCUGGCUCGGGAAGACAAGAAAUUUCAGGGGGUAGGGCUGCAAAGUCGGCAACCGGUUUUCCUCUUUGUCGGCUCCGACGCAUUCAAUUGCUGCGCAUUCCUCUCGAGCAUCUACCUCCUGGCAGGGUCGCAGGACGGGAACAUCUACCAGCUGGACGUCAGAAAUACCAAGGCUCCAGUUCGGGUCAUUCAAAGAUCCGGAGCGCCGGUGCUUUCCCUGCUUCCGUACAAAGAUGGGUUUAUCGCCAGCCAAGGUGACGGCACCUGUUUCAUUCUGCAGCAAGACCUCGAUCACAUCGUUGAGCUCACCGGAGCAGACUGUGACCCUGUGUACAGGGUGGCGACCUGGGAGAAGCAGAUCUAUACCUGUUGCCGAGACGGGCUAGUGAGGAGAUACCAUCUCUCAGACCUGUGACCGGAUUGGAGCCGCAAGCGCCGAACCGCAGACACCGGACGACGAACGCCGGAUGCGUUUCAAGGACAGCACGAGAAACACGUUUCACGACAAGCCAUACUCGUGCCACGUUUCCAGGACUUUGUACAGUGAUGUGAACGGAGCACACACACACAAACGUGUGAAUCCCAGUGGCCACGUUAAGAGAAGAAUGCUAGCUCAAGCCACAGGCAAACGUCCCCUUAGGGGAAAAGCGGAAAAGCAAAAGUGUUUCGGAAAGUUGACAUCGUUCUGCUGUACUGCGCGGCUCAACAAGACCGUUUGGUAUUUAAGGCCCCCCUCUUUUUGUGUAGGCAGACGUUGGUUUGUUCGUCCCAUCUUGUGACCUCUUUGGUUCCUAGGGGUGGGAGACCGAGGCCAGGCGGCUUCAAUAAAGGGAUGUUUUUAGUAAAGCCUGCCCUGAUUAUUUUUUUUCAUUUCCGGCCUUCCUCCAGAAUUACAACUGAUUUCCGAGCCACUUCUCCGACAA